GACAGUUCUGUCUUAUUUCUGAUAUUAAUGAAACAACUUGGUAAAGGGCUGAGUGUCUUCCUGAAUUGUCAAUUUAUUAAUGAAGCAUGGCUUGUGUUGAACAAGACAAGCUGGGUCAAGCAUUUGAAGAUGCUUUUGAAGUACUGAGGCAACAUUCAACUGGUGAUCUUCAGUACUCCUCAGAUUACAAAAAUUACCUGGCUUUCAUCAACCACUGUUCUCAUGUCAGAGGAAAUUCCAACAGCUAUGGUGUGCUGCCCACAGAGGAACCGGUCUACAAUUGGAGAACAGUAAUAAACAGUGCUGCAGACCUCUAUUUUGAAGGAAAUAUUCAUCAGUCUCUGCAGAACAUCCCUGAAAACCAGCUGGUGCAACCUACUCUUCUCCAGCAAAAGGGAGGAAAAGGCAGGAAGAAGCUCCGACUGUUUGAAUACCUUCAUGAAUCCCUGUGUAAUCCCGAGAUGGCAUCUUGUAUUCAAUGGAUAGAUCAAACGAAAGGCAUCUUUCAGUUUGUGUCAAAAAACAAAGAAAAACUUGCCCAACUUUGGGGGAAAAGAAAAGGCAAUCGGAAGACCAUGACUUACCAGAAAAUGGCCAGAGCGCUGAGGAAUUAUGGAAGAACUGGGGAAGUCAUCAAAAUCCGAAGAAAGUUAACUUACCAAUUCAGUGAGGCCAUUCUCCAAAGACUGUCUCCAUCUUAUUUCUUGGAAAAAGAGAUCUUCUACUCACAGUGUGUUCAACCAGAUCAAGGAUAUCUCAGUUUAAAUAACUGGAAUGCAAAUUAUAAUUAUACAUAUGCCACUUACCAUGAUCUAAGUCACCCUGAUGGCUAAAUAUACUCUUACAUAUCAAAAUUUUCUGGCAUCAGAAAUCCCUACAAGUUUUAGGAUUUUUCUCUGAAAGCAAAUACUGAAAAACGGAACAAAAACCCAAACUUCAUUACUGCUAUCUUUUAUGAAGUAGCAUAUAAUCUAUACUAACUUGGUGAAAAAUUUUGCCAGUGAACUUUAAAAUGAUCAAGUCCUAUUUGAAAAUAUAGACUAAAUGUCCUUCCUUUUAUAUUGUCUAUGUAACACUUCCUUCUAGAUUAAUAACGCUAGUGGAGAUGCUUUGAUUUAUGUAUUGAUUUAAACAUUAUUUUCCUGUCA